GCCCACGGGGUCACCCAUGACCCCAGUAUAUGUCCAUAUAUUGUGCUAAUGUUUUCUGAUGAACAAGAUAGUUUUUGUAUUUAAAGCCUAGUGUUCCACUCAUGACCCACGUUUAGUUCAAAAUCUUGACACCAGAGGCCUCUUCUGCAUUUCCUGUCACAUCCAACAUGUCUGCCCCCAUGUCUGGGUGACCUCAACACAUGUGUCGACAGAAUUGUUGCUGAAACCCCGUCGAAAGUACAAUGGCUAAGCGUCAUCAAGACCGCUUAAACAUCAGAGAUGUUUUGGACAUGCUGGAUAAUGAUGAUAGUGACAUUGACGAUGGAGACGACAGUAACAGUGAUGAAGAUGAUGAAUACGUAGUACCACAGUCAGAUAAUUCCAAUGCUGAGGACACAAGUGAUGAUGAUUUGAGCAAGGAAGAGGACACACCGCUAUCCUCUCUGGCCACUUCAAAAAAGGAUCGUAGGCAGUACAGAUGGAUGAAAAAGGACUUUGACCCACCAGAUUUAACAUUCACAGGUGAUCCAUUGUCACAGCCCGUACUAGACGCAAAAGGCCAGCCUCAAACUCCCCUGCAGUAUUUCCGUAGAUUUAUUACGUACGACAUGAUUGAGACAAUAGUAGUAUUCACCAAUCAGUAUGCAGUACAGAAAUUUGGGAACUCCGUGAAUACAACGGUGAAAGAAAUCGAACAAAUACUUGGAAUUGUAAUCCGGAUGGGCCUUGUUCAAAUGUCCGGGAUCCGUGUAUACUACGAAGAAGAUACUCGAUAUGGUCCAGUUGCAGAUGUAAUGUCAAGGAAUAGACUUCAACUCCUACUAAGGUCUAUUCAUUUUGUCGACAAUGAAAGCGCAUCUGAAGAUGUCAAGACAGAUAAAUUGUGGAAGAUUCGACCCUUUCUUGAGAAAUUUCGUGCACAGUGUCUGCUGGUAAUCCCAGAGGAGAAACAGUCCAUUGAUGAAAUGAUGGUGCCAUUCAAGGGCAGAUUCAGUCACAUAAAACAGUAUCUCCGGGGAAAGCCCAACCCUUGGGGUUUUAAAAUCUGGUGUCGCUGCAGCAUAGAUGGUAUGCUGCAUGAUUUUGAUGUUUAUCAGGGAAAAUCUGCAGAUCGCGGACAGAUCAGCGAGCUUGGUGUCGCUGGCGACGUUGUCCGGAAAUUAGGUGAAACGCUACCACGUCACAAAAACUACAAAGUAUUCGCGGACAAUCUCUUCACCUCAGUUGAGCUACUGGAGAAAAUGCAGAAAGAUGGGUUUCAGUAUACUGGGACUGUUAGGGCCAAUCGUCUUAGGGGGUGUGAGUUGAUGUCUGAGAAAGAGCUGAAUAAGUCAGGACGUGGCUCUUUUGAUUUCCGAGUAGAACAGAAAACUAACAUUGUGUGUGUUCGUUGGAUGGACACAAAGAUGGUGACACUGAUGUCAACCUCUGCGGGCAUUCAUCCCCUUGAUAAGGCCAGAAGAUGGGAUAAGUCAGCAAAGGAACACAAAGAUGUAAACAGGCCCUUUAUCGUGAAGGAGUACAACAGUAAUACGGGAGGGAUUGACCUUUUGGAUUCUUGUACCGCUCGGUACAAGUUUUCUCUAAAGGCUAGGCGAUGGUACAUGUAUCUAUUCUGGCAUUUUAUCCAACUAGCUGUCAUCAAUGGUUGGCUAUGGUAUCGUCGCGACUGCAAACAGCUUGGUAUUGAGAAGCCACUAAUCCUCAGAAAAUUCCAAGGAAGAGUUGCAAGCGGGCUAGUAUCUGUAAACGCAGCCAGGAAUCGUGGCAGACCAGCCGCUGAACAAAGUCCCAGUUCAAGACCGACAAGUCCCGUGCCACACCCACCAAGAAAGGUGCGUCUACAUCCGAACGACGAUGCUCGUAAGGACCAGUAUGCACACUGGCCUGUGAAGAUUGACAAACGCCGCCGUUGUGCCGUGUGCCAAAUAAAAACUGACACUAACUGUGAAAAAUGCUUGGUUCCCGUUUGCUUCACAGAGAACAGAAAUUGCUUCAAAGAGUUCCACGCAUAAAUCAGAGAUGUGCAUAUCCUCUGUCUUCUAUAAAUAUGAGAAAACGCGUUAAAUUUGUAAGUUAAAAGCCAAUAACAGUUUGGAGAAAAUUCCUGUAUUACAUAUCUCCAGAAUUCUUUGUUAUUUUUAUUCCUCAUUGCGGAAGACUGGGGAGGUGAAGGAGAUUGGGUCUUACUGUGCACAAAACUUGCCUGGUUUCAUAUUUGACAACUCACUGAUAGCUGGCUUUUAAGAAUAG